AUGGUCUUCUUCAAACGCCUCUCCCGCAGCCGCAGUAACAGCCAAUCCUACGUCGACAGCUACGACUCCCGCCACGACUCCAAGACCAAUUCAGCGUCCUACGACGACAAGUACGCCGUCGCACCGCAGGUACAGAGUCCCACAGAUCUCGAGCACGAUCAAGGUGUACCCAUCAGAAGCGCAAGCAACGCCGCACCGCCGCAACUGGCCGACCCAGUGCCAAAGGAUACGUCGCAGUCGCAGGACAUGUACGCGAGGCGAGAUCGACCAACAGAAGUGUCUAGCCAGGACCGGUAUCAGUAUCGGGAUCAGUCAACAGGAAGACAGAACAUGUCGAACGGCUACGGAGCCAGCGCAGGUGGGGGAUACGACAGUGCACCAAGCAGUGCGCACAAGACAGGCACCGCAGGCGCACCAGAUCUGUUGCUGCAGGCCUUCAACCAGGCCAUCCGACCAUACUCUGAUAAGAUUGAGAAUUUGGAAGGCGAGGUCGCGGACCUGAAGGCGUACAUUGAUGCAUUGGAGAGGCAGCGGGGUGAAGUGCAUGCGUGGAUUGACAAGCGAGGUCUGAGGCCAGACGUCCCGGCCAGCAUCGCGCAAGUGAUGGACCAAUCCUCUCACCAAGCUUCGCCAACCCACGCCGCCGCGACACUGAACGCACAGCUCGACCGCAAGAUCACGAUCGUGAACUUCGACCUCCACCGUCUACAAGAUGACCUCAACGACUCGCUACCUACGCCCUCAUUCUCAGCAUGCAUGCUCAAGUUCCUGCCAGACAUUGGCCGACUGAGCUCUCUUCCAUCAGGACCACGCUACGCUUUCGAUCUGCUCCUGAAGCUGGGAGGCAACCUCAACUCACAUGGAGGGCUUGAGAAUGGAGACGAGGAAGAUUUGCGUGAGCGGAGAGCGUUCUACGGUCGCCUGGACGACGCCAUGGUUGAUGUGGCUAAGGGCCGCUUCAGAGAGGAGGGCGACAGCUGGGGCGUACAACGCGAGAUCAAGCGCAUCGAGAAGACGGGCGCAUACCUUCGCAAUUGGGGCGUUGAGCCAUACUUUCCCAACACUCUGGAAGUCAUGCGUGAGGGCAACGGACACGGCCAGGUGCCCACCAGUGCCGGAGCCGCAUCGCCUCCCGACUACAACUAG